AUGAUGACAAAGACAGCGACAAAGACCAAAGCUACCCUGCCGGCGACGACGACCGAGCACACCGAGGAAAUUGAGCAGAAUGCGCUGUCUCCCAAGGACAUAGUUGCCGAUGCCGCCGCCAAAGGCCAGGGAACCACCGGCUAUGAAACACUAACCGUGUGGGAAACAGUCAAAGCGUUCAAGAUGAAUGCACUUUACUGCUUCUUGGUCACCUUUAGUGCUGCCACCGAUGGCUAUCAGAUUGGAAUGCUCGGUAACAUAAUUGCCAAUCCCGGAUUCGUGAAGCAGUUUGGAACUGCGACCGGGGCAGAUGGCAAGCCAGCACUUGCGUCUGGAGACAUUGGUGGCUGGAAUGCCGUGGGUUCUGUAGGUCAAGUUGUUGGAAUGGUAACUUUGCCAUUCCUAUCGGACAGGUUCGGCAGGAAGUUCUCUAUGUACUGGUAUUGGACUAUCCUGGCUCUCGGUGUCAUGGUUGAGUGCGUUGCUAGGACCCCACAGGUCUGGUAUUUGACCAAGAUCCUCGGUGGAAUCGGCGUUGGGUGCUUACAGUCGACCAUACCCGCCUACGUCUCCGAAGUUGCUCCAGUGCGCUGUCGGGGUGUCUUUCUUAUGUUCUACAGUUUGUGGUUCAGCCUGGGACAGUUCUUCGCGCCAGUGGCGCUCCAGGUCAUGUCGACAUAUGCUCCAACGAACUAUCUCACCCCAAUCUAUACGCAGUGGUCCCAAAUAGGGCUGAUGUUGAUUAUCAUCUUUUUUGUUCCUGAGUCGCCAGCAUGGUGUGCCUCAAAAGGACAUGCCGAGCGUGGUCGAAACGCGCUUUGCCAACUUUAUCGGGGCGUCAAAGACUACAAUCCGGAUAUACAGUAUAACCUUCUGGUUCUCAACAUUGAACAUGAAAGGAAUGUUGCCGCAGAGCAAAAGAAUGAGCACUGGUGGGCGAUCUUCAGAAAGACAGACGGACUGCGGACGCUCAUUUCGCUGUGGACUCUGAUGUCACAGCCAUUCAUUGGUCUCGGCCUAUUCCUAAGCUAUGGUUCCUACUUCUUCCAGCAAGCGGGUAUUGAUGACCCCUUCCGGGUAACAUGCAUUACAUCAGGUAUUGGUUUGGGCAUCAGUGUCUUGACCAUUUAUCUUGCAGAUGUUACUGGCCGGCGUUGGAUGGCUUGCUAUGGCACAACACUUUGCUGGCUUUGCAACGUUGCUGUGGGCAUUCUUGGAGUCGUUCACAAGACUCAAACUACGAACAUUCUUCUGGUUGUCUUUUCAGUAUUUUGGAAUGUCGGUCUGGUCGGGAAUGGUGCAACAGGAUGGGGCUUCAUCGGCGAGAUCUCCUCACAACGGUUGAGGCCAUAUACUGCCGGGUUCGCUGCCGCCUCUACAUGUGUGAUCGGUAUCGGAAUGGGUAUCCUGAUUCCAUACAUGAUUAAUACCAACGACUGGAACUGGGGUCUCAAAACCUGUUGGUUUUUUGCUGGUACUGGUCUUCCGUUCGUUAUUGGGAUUUGGUUCUUGAUUCCCGAAACAACAGGCCGAUCUGCAGCUGAGCUUGACGAGCUAUUUGAACGAAAAGUGAAGCCAUGGAGGUUCAGCAAAACAACCACCGCAACGCAAAACCUGGUCGCAAACGAGUCGCGGGAGGAUAGGGCGAAAGUUGUAGAAUAA